GCCAGGCAAGUCCUGGGAGCUGGAGUGCCUGGCACAGCACAGCGUGACUGGUGACUGGUGCGGAUUCCCCGGGGCUGCAGCUCCCCUUGUGCCCCAGAGCCUCCCCCCGCAGGUCGUUAUCGCAGCACCUGCGAGAGCAUCAAGGCCCAGGGAGCCCCAGGCACAUUCAGGGAGGUCGGUGGAGGGGCCUUGAGAUAAGGCAGCAGACACAACAAUGUGGCGUGGGGUGGGGGGACCCCCCUCCCAGCCCUCUUAAGCAGCACGGCCCCCUCGGCCAGCACUGCUUGCCAUGGAGAGAACCACUGUGCUGAUCACGGGCUGCUCCUCGGGCAUUGGGCUGGGACUGGCCACACGCCUGGCAGCCGACAGCACUCACCGCUUCAAAGUUUAUGCCACCAUGCGUGACCUGACCAAGGGCGAGCGGCUGCUGGAGCACUUGGGCAGCCACUGCCCUGACACGCUGGAGGUCCUGCAGCUCGAUGUCACUGACCCACACUCACUGGCAGCUGCCGUGCAGCGGGUGCAGGAGCAGCACCUGGACGUGUUGGUCUGCAACGCGGGGGUGGGACUGAUGGGACCUCUGGAGACCUGCUCCGAUCAGGCCAUGAAAACCCUCUUCGAUGUGAACUUCUUUGGGGCCGUCCGUACCAUCCAGGCAUUCCUGCCUGCCAUGAAGCGCCGCAGGGCCGGGCGGAUCAUUGUUUCCAGCAGCAUCGGGGGGCUGCAAGGGCUGCCCUUCAAUGCCGUGUACUGCGCCAGCAAGUUUGCGGUGGAGGGGCUGUGCGAGAGCCUGGCCAUCGUCCUGCGCCCCUUCAACAUCCACGUGACACUGGUGGAGUGCGGGCCCGUCCACACCAGCUUCCUGGCCAACCUACAGUGCCCGGACCCCGAGGGCAGCGAGCUGGAGGGCCUGGAUGCUGAGACGCGAGGGCUGUACCGCCGAUACCUGCGGCACUGCCAAAGCCUCUUCCGCGACGCGGCCCAGGAGGUGGAGGAGGUCCUGCCGGUGUUCCUGGAGGCCAUCGUCAGCCUCUGCCCGCCCCUGCGCUGCGCCAGCACCCAGCUCCUCGCCCCGCUUUGGCGCCUGCGGCUCGGCAGCCCCGACGGCUCCACGUACGUCCGCGCCAUGCACGACUUCGUGUUCGGCGGCAGCGAAGUCAGCGGGGACCAGCCCUGA